UUCAUUUUUCUGAAAACAAAACUUUGAUAGUCAGCAUCUGUAGAAUGCAUUAUCAAACACAAUAUGGCUAAUAUACAGCAAGUACCUAGAAAAAAACAUGCAUUUAAUAAAUUAGGGCUACUCUUAUUAUUAUUUGUACUUAAAUUAGCCAUUCAAUUUGUGUAGGAAAACUGAAGAUUUAGAAUCUUGGGAGAGGUGAUGAAAGUAUUCUAAUUUAUUCCAUCAAUAACUCUAUGAAUAUAGUAAAAAAAAAGUAUUGAACUUUAGUCAAGGUGCAAGGUGGAUAAUCAUGGGUGAGCAAUAGCUUAAUAAAAUGUGUCUAAAUACAAGUGAUAUAGAAAACCAUGACGGUGAAAUGGUGAUAUGUUUGUGGCCAAAGUUUACCAAUUUUUAUUUUCUUAUUCUGAAAUGACAUCAAAUAGAAUCUGGUGAGUCGGGGUUGAAACCUUAUUGCUAAAACUGUUUAUGUACUUUUUACAGCUGUUUGUUUUUGAAGGUCUGGUUGCUGGAACACAUAGUCAACAAGCGGAUAUGAAUGAGUCCAGGCAACAGUCCCUGUUCUUUAUCAUACUUCCAGAUUUACACAAACUCUGUGCUACCCAGAUAAUAUUGAGUAGCAGGGUAGCAGAAAUAGAGAUUAGGAGUACGCAGAUAAAGAUGUGCAGGCAGUUGCUACUUCUGCAUGAAGAUAUUCUUACAGCACCUGUGCCUGGAAUAUUAAACCAAAUUUGGGUAGUGAUGUCGAUACCAUUUUUUAAAUCUGGGAGACUUAAUGCCUAUAUUGAAAAAUAUGGAGCUAAGAUGGAGGCUCCACAGAGAGUAAUUCCUGUAAUUCUUCAAAACUGCCUUUCAUAUUCACUCACUGCUAGACUGGCUCCAGCCUGGAACAGAGCAGGUCAUCUCUUGGUACAAGGAAGAAAUUUUCUUUCUCAUAUGGGAAAGCAAAAUGCUGUUGUAUUAGACAUCAACGUAACAGAAACACAAGUUUGUCUAAGUAUUGAAGUCUAUACAAUCAGAUUGCCAACACCUGAGCUAAAGGAGUUUGAUAUUUCUCAGCGUAUUAUAGAGGAUUUUCAUGCCAACCAGAAUGCUGUCAUUGAGAGACAUUCCAUCUUAAGCAACUGGUGCUACAUUCUGCCCAGCAUGAAAAUGGGGCAGAUAAUAAAUUUUCUUCAUACGGCACCGCCUGACUGUCCCUUUCGUUCCUUCAAAGAUUUCCAGAGGCACUGGGAUGACUUGUAUGGCUAUAAACUUCCAGAAGAUUGUGGAGAUAUGAAAAUAUACUGUAGCAUCUACUUCAAAAUGGUCAAAGAACGGACCUUCACAUACCCUCUCAGUUGCAUAAGGAGUCAGCCCAUUCAGUUCUUCCCAAGGGUGGAUUUGGAAGGUGUGUUGAAAAGCUUUCUUUCAGAUUUAAAAUCUAAACUGCCGCAUAUAUGUGGAUUUCCCAUAAAGAUGACAAAUAAGCCAUGCUACUACACACAGGAGCUAACCAGACCACAAAAACAGGAAAACAAAGUCAAACCCCCUAAUCUGACAACUAAGAAACACUUCAGAGCUUCUCUAACUCAGGCCACUUUGCUGAAACCCACAGGGGCUCUAUGUUUAGUCUCACAGCCAACCGCAGUCAACCACAAGGUGGAGCCUUUUGUCAGCCAGCAGAGCUCAGGCUGGUUUUCAGCUGAUCCCUUCCAGCCAGGGUCUCCUGGGGACCCGAAGCCCUCCUGGCCUCUCCAGGCACCACAGCUGCAUUUGGAAGUGUCGAAACUCGGCAGAGAAAACACACAAGUUCAACGCAAUAGUCUUUGCUCACGAAGUAAGAGAGCCCCGGCAUUCAUACCAGUUUUCAAAAGGAAAUCCGAGCAAGGGAACAAAGACAGCUCAGCACUUGGCAACAUGAAAAGAAAACAGAACGCUGUUACAGAGCCUACCCUGCCGGCACAGAGGACUAGUGCAACCCAGGGAGGCAGACCAAGUUUAGGUUCCGCUAAUAGAAAAAGACCAGAUAGUAACACUCGGGUACAGGCUAGGAACUUAAACCAGAAGAGCGUCAGACCUCUGCUAGAGAAGAGCUCUGAGUUCUGUGAGCACAAGAGGGACCAUCCCGCUUCUGAUGGGAAGCAGACUGUGUACUCCAGUGAAGGUAGACCACUGUCUGCUAAUGCCUUGACACAAAUGUCAAGUAAUAGCUUAAGGGUGAUAAAAAAUGCUGUCGACAGCCACACCAUUGGAAAACACAAUUUAACAAGCAGAUUUAUAACACAAAUUUUGGGGAAAAGCCAUGAGUCACUAAAGCUCAAAAGCCAGCCACACAUUUUUGAAUCAGACUUAGAGACUGAAGACUCCCAACUUCAGCAGCCACAGCUAGCAAAUCGAAUUAAAGAAGCUGAUGGAGGUGAAUGUGGCCUCACAGUGAGCAAAGCAUCCCACAAGCACAGAAGGAAGUUAUGUCUUGAGUCUUCAAAAUCUGCUACAAAGCUUUGCUCUAAUGCUGCGCGUCAGGGGCAACCCGGUUCUUCUAAGAAACAGGUAUCUAGUACAACAAAACCCAAGAAUUCCCUCAGGGUUCCUGAGGCUGAGUACAGUGUGGAACAGAGACUGCCCACCAGGUAA